AUGGGGCGUUCCAAUUGUCCUGUUAAAUUAUUCGGAGGGAAAGUAAUUGUAUUUGGUGGAGAUUUUCGGCAAAUAUUACCAGUUGUACCAAGGGGCAGCCGUUCAGAUAUAAUACAUUCUACAAUAAAUUCAUCAUACAUCUGGGAUCAUUGUGUUGUGCUGAAGCUUACAAAGAACAUGCGACUCCAACAAGCCGGCAAUACUUCAAUUGGCGAUGGGAAAUUGGAAGAACCUAACGAUGGUUACACGGAUAUUCCUAUUCCAAAUGAUUUCUUAAUUUCUAACUAUGAUGAUCCACUAGAAGCCAUUGUUAGUGAAACAUAUCCGAAUUUUCUUAACAAUUACAAGAAUCCAGAAUUUUUGCAAUCAAGAGCUAUAUUGGCAGGAACAAUUGAAACAGUUGACAUCAUAAAUCAAUACGUUUUGGGAUUCAUAUCAGGAAAUGAAGCUUUUGAUGUUUUGACCCCGGAAUUUUUGAAUACACUUACAACUUCCGGUCUACCUAACCACAAGAUUAAAUUGAAGAUUGAGACCCCUAUUAUGUUGCUUCGAAACAUUGAUCAACCUGAAGGUCUCUGCAAUGGAACAAGGCUUAUAGUUACAAGAUUGGCAAACCACGUUAUCGAGGCAAAGAUUAUAUCUGAAAAGAAUAUUGGAGGGGUUAUCUAUAUUCCAAGAAUGGAUAUGACUCCAACACAAUCUCCGUGGCCAUUCAAAAUGACUAGAAGGCAAUUUCCCAUAACUAUAUGUUAUGCUAUGACAAUUAACAAAUAUCAAGGUCAGUCAUUGGAUUAUGUUGGAUUGUAUUUGCCUAGAAGUGUAUUUAGUCAUGGUCAACUAUAUGUUGCAAUAUCAAGGGUCAAAAGAAAAAAAGGGCUUAAGAUAUUAAUCCAUGACAAGGAUAACCAUCCAUUGAAUUCUACAACAAACGUCGUGUUCAAAGAAGUUUUUGAAAACUUAUAG